AUGGAUUACAAUAUUGUAGUACCUGUGGAAAAUUUGAAUGGACGCAAAAAAGUCGAAGCAGGAGACCUUUGUGAGAAAAGAAAUGGCAGGGGAGUUGACCUCAAUCGAAAUUGGAGUGUAGAUUGGGGGAAAAAAGAGAAGGAUUUUGAUCCAUAUGAAGAGAAUCCUGGGACUGCUCUUUUCAGUGAGCCUGAGGCUCAGCUAAUGCGGAAGCUCUCAAUGUCAUUUGACCCACACAUCUGGGUCAACGUACAUUCUGGAAUGGAGGCUCUAUUUAUGCCAUUUGAUCACAAAAACACAACGCCAACUGGACUGCAAUCACAAAAGAUGAAGUUGAUGCUUGAAACAUUAAACCACCUUCAUUAUGGUGACUGCUGUGCGGUUGGAUCGGGAUGCGGAUCUGUUGGAUAUCUUGCACAUGGUACCACAACGGAUUAUAUGUAUGAUGUGGUAAGGGUCCCAAUGUCUUUCACCUUCGAGAUUUAUGGAGAUGAAAAGGCAUCCUCAAGGGACUACUUUAAAAUGUUUAACCCCGUGGACCAUUCUACCUUCAAUAGAGUUCUCAAUGAGUGGUCUGCCACAUUCUUUUCAAUGUUCAACCUGGGUGCCCACCAGAUGAAUCUGCAACACUUGACACCUAUUAAGGUGGAUCAGCUGAUUUCCAUUGUGACGACUAUCUAAAUGGAUACUUAAUCGAAAUAAAGAAUAGAUAUGGUGAAAAAAGGGAAUUUCCUGACCUUGGUUUGCAAGAAAUCGAAACGUAUUUCUGACUUUUCUUGCUAUCUUCAGUGAUGUUAAUGUCCAUGUUUUGUUCAAGAAUUGCAAAGAGUAACAGAUCACAUAUGCCUACCAUUUCACUCUGAGGUUCUUGGCCUUGAAGAAAACCGAAAAGGUGUGUACCAAUACUUAUUUUUUUUGGGUAUAUCAAUACCCAUACGCUGUCAUAAAGUUUCAGGUUGUUUAGCAUUUUUUGGAAACAGAAAGUUACAGGUUAGUAUAGUAUUAUGAUUUGUACAACAUUCUUAACACAUUAUGAACAAUAUCUAUUUCUGCACUAAAAGAAUUUGAAGG